GUUAAGGCCUCGCCUUCACAUACCUCACGGCUACGGCCGGCAAGAACCUGCCUUGCUAGUCGUUUAUUGAUCCUCAAAUGAAGUGGGGUGUGGUUGCGGUGCUGGCCACCCUGGUGGUGGCCGCGUCCGCCAAGGACUACUUCAAGGAGACCUUCGAUGGCUCCUGGGCCGACCGCUGGACCAAGUCCUCUUGGAAGGUUUCUGAUGGGUCCGCUGGCGAGUUCAAGCUGACCGCUGGCAAGUGGUAUGGCGACGCUGAGGCCGACAAGGGUAUCCAGACCGGCCCCGACUCCAAGUUCUUCGCUAUUUCCGCGCCCCUGGCCACCGUGUUCGACAACACCGGCAAGGACACCGUUGUCCAGUUCUCCGUCAAGCAUGAGCAGGACCUGGACUGCGGUGGUGGCUACAUCAAGGUGGUGCCCGCUACCAGCGAGAAGCAGAUGGGCGAGUUCGGUGGCGACACCCCCUACUCCAUCAUGUUCGGCCCCGACAUCUGCGGCUACUCGACCCGCAAGGUGCACGUCAUCCUGACCUACAAGGGCAAGAACUACCUGAUUAAGAAGGACAUCAAGGCGGAGACUGACCAGCUGACCCAUGUGUACACCCUGGUCAUCAAGCCCGACAACACCUACCAGGUUCUGAUUGACCUGAAGGAGGUCGCCUCGGGCUCCCUGUACGAGGACUGGGACAUGCUGCCCCCCAAGACCAUCAAGGACCCCAAGGCCUCCAAGCCUGAGGACUGGGACGAGCGUGAGGAGAUCGCCGACCCCGAGGACAAGAAGCCUGAGGGCUGGGACGACAUCCCCGCCACCAUUGCCGACAAGGACGCCAAGAAGCCCGAGGACUGGGACGACGAGGAGGACGGCACCUGGGAGCCGCCCAUGAUCCCCAACCCCGAGUACAAGGGUGAGUGGAAGGCCAAGAUGAUCAAGAACCCCGCCUACAAGGGCAUCUGGGUCGCCCCCGACAUUGACAACCCUGACUACGUCCACGACGACAAGCUGUACAACUUCAAGGACCUGAAGUUUGUGGGCUUCGAGCUGUGGCAGGUCAAGUCGGGCUCCAUCUUCGACAACAUCCUGGUGACUGACGACCUGGAGGCCGCCAAGAAGUUCGCUGAGGACACCUGGGGCAAGCACAAGGACGAGGAGAAGGCCAUGUUUGACAAGGUCAAGAAGGAGGAGGACGAGAAGAAGGCCAAGGACGCCCCCCCUCCCCCCGUCGACGCUGAGGCCGCCGAGGAGGAGGACGACGAGUACGAGGACAAGGAGGAGCCCUCCGGCAUGGGCUCCAUCAAGAUCCCCAAGGAGGAGGAGGAGUCCGGUCACGACGAGCUGUAAGCGGCUCGCUGCGAGGACUUCCCUUCCAACGCAGGACGAGACCAGCAGCUGCCGCGUCAGCAGUGGAGUUGUGGGCGCGCGCGUGAGCGGCGUUUGUGGAGCGCCAAUCACGUGGCUAUGGUCGGCUCCUGAGGUGGAUUAGGUGGCAUAGUGAUGUUAGAUCGGACGCGUUAGAAGCGGUCGGGGCAUGGUGGGGCUGUGCCCCUCCGCGGGCACGGGAAGUGCGACACGCCCGGCGGCUGCAUGUGGAGCGUGCGGCGUAGAGGGGCAUGCUGGUUCCCGCUCCGGCGUUUCCGUGGAGCGUGUCGGGUGCAUGACCUGCCUGGCGGGGGCCCCCCAACACCACGUUUCUCGAGCCGAACGCUUGUGACCUGUGUCAACUGGUGUGGGUUGGCGCAGCGGCCUCCGCAAGGAGUGUCGCGGCGCCGUUGUGUCGUGGGGGGACGUAACAUCCCCUGGUUGGGGAGAUUUUGCUGACCACACGGCGAUGCUGAGAGUUCGAGAGAGAUGAGCGAGCAUGCUAGGAAGAUUAGGAUCCUUAGGCAGGAUGUUCAGUACAGGAGCACAUAAGGCGAGCAACGUCGCGGGGUGUGUCGUCUCGGAGGAAUGAGGGCGAGUGAGUUGUGAGCAGCCCCUGCCAGUGGAUGAAGGGGUGGGGCUGGGACCCAUCGGUCGUGUAACCAGCACAGCAU